AUGUUUAAAUACGUGCUCUGCCUCGCCCUCAUUGGUUGCGCUUGCGCCGACAAUAUCAACAAGGACGCACAGAUUCGCAGCUUCCAGAAUGAUGCAUCCGAUGCCGAGGGCAACUAUCAGUUUGCCUACGAGACCAGCAAUGGUAUUCAGGUUCAGGAGGCGGGCAAUCCCUCUGGUGUACGUGGCGCCCUUGCCUACGUCUCGCCCGAAGGCGAGCAAAUCUCAUUGAGCUACACCGCCGAUGAGGAGGGCUACCAUCCAGUUGGUGACCAUCUGCCAACUCCACCUCCCGUUCCGGCUUAUGUGCUGCGCGCCAUCGAAUACAUUCGCACACAUCCACCAGCACAGAAGGACGAGCAGUAAGAUGGCAUUGA